GACAGCAGCGCGGCUGGCUCGGCCACGGGCGCCGGAGCUCCGCGCCGCCCGCGCCGCCGCCCCCAAGUCCCUGCCCCGCCGCGGAGCGUCACUUCCGCCAACCGCCUCCGGCCGGGGUUGGGGCGGGGAACGCGGGGGAGGGGGCCCGGGCUGAGGGCAGGCCGCCCGCGUCCGAGCCGGGACUACAUUUCCCGAGGGGCCUCGGCGGCGGCGGCGGCGGCGGCGGCGGCGGGCGCGGCAACGUCCCCCGGAAGUAGAGCCCGGGACUUCCACUCGUGCGUGAGGCGAGCGGAGCCGGAGACGAGAGCAGAGGCCGAACUCGGGAUCUGACAAGAUGGCCGGGCUGCCCCGCAGGAUCAUCAAGGAGACCCAGCGUUUGCUGGCAGAACCAGUUCCUGGCAUUAAAGCAGAACCAGAUGAGAGCAACGCCCGCUAUUUUCAUGUGGUCAUUGCCGGCCCCCAGGAUUCCCCUUUUGAGGGAGGGACUUUUAAACUUGAACUAUUCCUUCCAGAAGAAUACCCAAUGGCAGCCCCUAAAGUACGUUUCAUGACCAAAAUUUAUCAUCCUAAUGUAGACAAGUUGGGAAGAAUAUGUUUAGAUAUUUUGAAAGAUAAGUGGUCCCCAGCACUGCAGAUCCGCACAGUUCUGCUAUCGAUCCAGGCUUUGUUAAGUGCUCCCAACCCAGAUGAUCCGUUAGCAAAUGAUGUAGCGGAGCAGUGGAAGACCAAUGAAGCCCAAGCCAUAGAAACAGCUAGAGCAUGGACUAGGCUAUAUGCCAUGAAUAAUAUUUAAAUCGAUCCGAUCAUCAAGUAUGCAUCACUUCUCCUGUUCUGCCAAGACUUCUUCCUUUUUGUUUGCAUUUAAUGGACACAGUCUUAGAAACAUUACAGAAUAAAAGCCCAGACAUCUUCAGUCCUUGGUGAUUAAAUGCACAUUAGCAAAUCUA